AUGUGCCACGAAACAAAGGAACAUGGAUUGGAAAAUAGUUUUAUGAAAGUGAAAUGCCCAUUGUGCGAUAUUUCAGUUCUUUCGAAGAAAAGCUAUUAUGAUCACUUGUCAAUGAAACAUGCUGUGUCGAUAGCAUCUGAAGAGACUGAAUUUGCAUCUUUCCAGGAAUUCAGUGAGUGGAAGAAGCAGACUGAGAGAAAAACGUUGUCACUGUACGUCAAAAAGUGUGGGUCGUAUCGUACUUCAGACAAUGUCAAUCGGCAUUCCUUAGUAUGCCAUCGUUCAGGACAAUAUGUAUCUAACAGUAAAGGUAUUCGCCGCAUGAAAAUCCAAGGCACUAACAAAAUAGAAGGUGUAUGUCCUUCCAGCAUUGAAGUAACCGAAGCUGGAGAUGGUAGCUGCAAAGUGAAAUACGUGGUUACUCAUGUGGGUCAUCAAGAUGGUGUUAGACAUUUAAAUUUGACAGAAGAAGAAAGAAACACGUUAGCCGUUGACAUCGCAAACAAGGUACCAUUGCAAGCAAUACUCGACAUAGUAAGAGACACUUUAUCUGAUUCCAUGCCAGAGCGUAUCCAUCUGCUGACAAAAAAAGAUUUAUACGACACUGAGCAGUGUAAUAAUUUACGUUCCGAGGUCAUGAGACAGAAAGACGAUGGCAUCAGCGUAGAAGCGUGGGUAAACGAAAUCAAUGCUAGCGUUAAUCCCUGUGUUUUAUUCUACAAACCACAAGAUACAAGCAGCCAAAGUCAUCCUCUCCUGAGAAGUGAAGACUUUGUCCACAUCAUUAUGAACAAUGCUCAAUGUGAAAUUCUGAAGAAGUAUGGCAGUGACUGUAUUUGCAUCGAUGGAACUCAUGGAACUAACGGUUAUUGUUUCGAGUUAAUUACACUUCUUGUGCUUGACGACAUGAGACAAGGUUUUCCUUGUGCUUUUCUUAUCUCAAACAGGUCUGAUCAAGAUGUACUGUCAUUAUAUUUUAAUGAAAUAAAGACUAAAGUAGGAAAAGUACGUCCUCAAGUGUUCAUGUCAGAUUUAGCUGAGUCUUUUUACAAUGCUUUACUUUCACAGACAGAAGAACCUGUGAGAAGACUUUAUUGCUCGUGUCAUACAGACAGGGCAUGGAGGAAAAAUAUAUGUAUUAAAACCAAAUCAAAGGAAAGACAGGUUGAAACUUAUAAGCUAGUGAGGAGUUUAAUGCAGGAAAGAGACGUCGUAACAUUUGAGCACGUAUUUCCUUUAGCUCCAGAGCACCUGGUUUCAGAUCCUGUAACAGCUGAGUUUGGGUUCUUCCUCCAAUGA